AUGCCACACUAUGAAAGCCUCAACGAACUCAAAAUUACUGUGCCUUUCGACUGGAACGACGAGACCGUGGAGCACAUUGCACUCUCGUGUCCCGCGCUCACGUCCCUGAGCCCGCUCUUUCACGAGCUGCCGGAUUGGACUUGGGAGUUUCCGGAUUGGAAGGUCUCCACCUCGUUGGCUGCGCUCGUGCCGCUCGCCGUUCACUGCCCGCGAUUGCAGCAAAUCAAGAUACCUGUCAGCGAGCAAGGUUGCGUGACCCCGACGCUUGAGCCUCCGCCCGGGUUCAGAGGCAAGCCGGAUUUUGUGGCACUGAAACUAGUGCUUGUGCCUUCAUAUUCUAUGCCUGAUCUAUGGUCCCUUAAACCCUUUCUCUCGAUGUUAUUUCCUAAUUUCUGGCCAGUCUAG